AUGUCUCGCUCGCUCGUCGAGACGCGCCGUCCCCCCCCCCCGCGCGCGCGACCCCGCGCACGCGUUCUCUCCCGCGCAUCGACCUCCUCGGUCGUCGCUCGCGUCGAACGGCUCGGGAAUCCGCACGCCAUCGACGACGAUUCCAUCGCCCAUGACGUUCGCUACGAGAGCGAUGUGUUUCAGUGCGACGGUCGUGCGGCGUACUCGACGUUUCGUUCGAGCACGACGACGCGGGAGCGAAGAGAUUUACGAGAGUUGGAGCGCGCGGCGUCGGCACGCGCGGUCGGGCCGAGCGCGUACGUCGUGCGGUGGAGCGCCUCGUUCGUCCCGGCGAAGACGCGGGCGUUGUACGAUUUGGCGUUGAACUGGCCGUUCGGGGAGUUGGAGAUCGAGAAGCGGGACAUCUUGGAUAAAAUUGGGGAGACGAGUCGAUUCACGUAUCGAGCGUUGUUUCGAGUGCUCGCGCGCGCGGUGAGGGAGAAGAAGAUGCGGAUACCGAUCGCGAAGAUUGAGGGCGUGAGCGAGCUCACGUUUGACGACGACGGUAAAUUGACGAGACACGUGGAGCGCUUGACGCUCGUGCGAGAGAUGAACGCGGGACGGGUGAGGAAUAAACGAAUCGCUCGAGACGUUUUGGAGUAUCUCGACGCGUGGAAACCGCCCGGGAUGUCGCUCGAGCGCUGGGAUGAAAUCGUUGAAGACAAAGUGGACGUGUACGCCGUGCCCGGAAUGCGCCAACUCGACGUCGACGGCUUGGAGGAAGACUUCGCCGACGGUGGACGCGUCGAGGACGCCACCGCCCUGUUGGGGUUUUUCACCCUCAUCAUCCUCGCCUUUGGAUUCGGUUUCGGCUCGUGGUACCUCGCGCGCGCGCACCAACAACUCGAAUUAGUUCGCGCCCUCGACGCGGCGCUCGACGCGUAG